AUGGCGUCUUCUCGCGCGAGCUCGGGCCAGUCAGCUCCCCUCCUCUCUCAAGACCUACAGCUUAGUACUGCCGUUGGGUUUCAGCAACAAGGCACAGUCGACUGGACCAAAGUCCUCAGCGGUAGUGUCGCUUUUUCCGUCGAUGUUUUAUCAAGGUUAUCAAAGGCUGGCAUCGAGGCUUUCACUAUCUACGCUGCCAGGGCGAUCUUUUCCAACGUCAAGCUCGGUCCAAAUGGCGAAUUACGUCUCCAUCGAGCCCUUGAUAAGAUCAGCGCUUUUCCAUCAUUCGGCAAAGCGCUCUGGUUUGGGUUCGGGGUCAAGCAUAUCAUAUGGAGUAUGCAGGAAUCUGCCGAGGGCUUGAACUGUCUUGGUAUCUGUGCCUGUCUCACAGAAGGAUUCUCGACGACUGUUGCCGCAAAGGUUAUACGAGAGCUCUUUCUCCUGUAUGAUCCACCGGCUGAGCUUACACCUGCGCUGAGGCAGUGGAUUGCACUGGUUGAAUCCUCUGGAGGAUUGCUUGCCUCGUCAGAGUUCGGUUUAGUGUUACAUGGUCUCACCAAGCUCUGUCUCAUGGACGGUCAACGUAAUCUACGAAGUUCUGGAUCGCCGAAGGAUAUUGCGUUAGUGUUGAAGGAAGUUUUCGAAGUCUCAGGCGGACGCCUUGAUCGUCUUUUCUUGUCCGGCGGAGCAGAUUGCGCCUGGAUUGCCGCCGUAGCCCACUGGCUUCUGGACCUUCGAGUCGAGGUCCAGCACCAAGACGCUCGGAGUACUGGUGCUUGCUUGGGCUCCGCCGCACGCAUCUUUCUGGCUGCCAUGAGAGAUGGUGAGGGCCACAUGGAGUUCUUAUCAAAUAGAGAUCCACGAGCCUCUUUUCCUCCGGUAUCAGAAUCUAGUUAUGGAAGGGGAUUCUAUCUGCUAACUCGUCACCUUCUCCCGGAACUCAGGCAAACCCCGGUCUUGCACCACACAAUGGAGGCGGCUUUGAACAAAGGAUAUCUCGAAGCCGCUCAGCAAUUUUCUCAAUCAUUUACUUCUUUGCGUCAGAGAAAUAUUCUCAUCACCUCAAAUUUGCCAGACUACGACCCUGUGGAUCACGGCUUGCUGAGAUCUUGGCCGCCUGGUGGUGUUCUCAUGGUGGCACAGACCCUUUUAGCAGGACGACAGCAUGAUGUUGUUUCGGGCAGUGGUUAUCUCGUUGCAGUCUCACACAGUGGUCUUUGUUUCUUUCUGAAUACAUUGACAGAGAUUACAUCUGAUCCGCAAAGAGCCUGUGUUGUGACAGCUGUCCCUGGUAGGAUCGAGUGGAAGAACUUCCUGUACGACAUGGUACGUGAUCAGGGAUUCGAAACGGCUAGUACGCCAGAGAAGACAGGGUACGAUGCAAUCUCCAUGUCGAGUAUAACAAACUAUGACAACCUAGCUGAUACUUCGACGCCCGGGCUCAACGCCGAACUUCUCAUCGACGAGAUAUUAAGGGAAAACACUAGCCUUCAUGCCAGCUACAGAAUUUCCACCGCAGGAUUUCCCGGUCGGCAUUUCUCAAUGGGGGCCUCUGAUAUUUGGCAUAAGCUAAAUAGCGCAGUCACUUCUGCAAACUGCGAGGGAGAGACGUGCGGUUCUCUCAACGGCUUCGAAUCCACCCUUGUUGAAGGAGAUGGGCUGCUUCCUUUGACUGGUUUACCGACGCUGCUCCCUCCCAUCACACGCGUAUUGUCCACAAAAGACCUAUCUGUCUGGGUUGCCCUUUCGCAGAGCUAUCUUCCCCCAACCGCUGAUCCUAUGAGAGCACAAAAGCUUGGCCUUGGAGAAUCUACCAAAUUGCCCAAGCCUCUCACCAAUUAG